UAGCCUUUUUUCUUAAUUGCCUCCCCCUUCCUCAGCCUUGUAGAGUGCAGACAUUCACUCCCACACUAAGCAUUAAAAAGGUCCACAUACACAAAAGUCCAUAUUCUGAUGUUUCUGUUUUGUUCAAUGAUGUGUUUCCAUUGUAGCCCUAUUCACUAAUUGCCUCCGCCUUCCUCAGCCUUGUAGAAUGCAUACAUCUGUGCCCACACAAAGCAUCGAUAAUGGCCACCUACACCAAAGGCCAUAUUCUGAUGUCAUUUGUAUGAUUAUGCACUUAGUGUCCUUUUGAUUGGUGCAGCUGAUCUUCGACAUAUUCUAAAAACAUGUGCCCUAAGAAGACGACACAAAAAUAGCAAGUUGCAGUUCUUUGUUGUGGAAAACAAUCUCGAAGUAAUUGCAAGGCAAAUGCUGUUUAUUUCCAUCAUUUUCGAAUCAAAAGAUUCUUUGGGGUUGAAAGAGAAAGUAGAACUAUUUAUUGAACUGUUUGGAAAUUCAUUGAUGCGUCCAAAGACAGAUGAGUUUUUAAAACACAGGUGUACAGAUCUGAUACGGUUUGUCACCAGUCCCGAAUAUUUGGAACAAAAUCUGCCUUUCUUGGAUUUAUCAAGUUUGAAGUUCAAAGAGAGGGACAUGCUAGAAGGGAUUUUCAAAUUCUGGAAAAAUGUAGAGCAGAAGUAUUUUGACAUACCAGCACUUUGGGAGCAACGAAUCCGUCAGCACCUAAGCACUCGAUAUGAUAGCAGAAUCAACGUGUACGACUGGGAUUACACAAUGAAAUUAAAAGAAAAGGCCCCAAUAAUCAACUUCAGAGAAUAUAAAACAUGGAGAGAGAGUGGUGUUGCUUUUGAACUUAGAGACGACUCUUCAUAUGAAGUUCCAAAUAGAACGUUGGCGUCUGGAAUAGUAAUUAAGAAGGAUGGAGAAAAAUUCGCAAGACGAGGCUACUGGGGUGACGUAGUAAAUAGCCCCUACUUGUCAUAUGGGAUCGAGAGUGAAGAGAAGUCACUAUUUAAGAAAAACAACGAUAUAUAUGUCAAGACAGCAACAAACGUUACAGAACACAACGUCACAGCCUGGAUUUAUGAGAUGAUGACUGGGGAGGCGUACAGCUUAUGUCCUUUAAAAAAUUCAAAUAUGACCAAGAAACUGUCUCCAAGAUCGGAGCUUAGUGAAGUGAAAGAAGAAACAGAAGAUGCAGAGAAAUCUGAAGCAAAAGCUGGGGAGCAGAAACCAAGUUCAGAUGGAAUAGCUACACCAAAGUAUGACAGCAUGGAAGAUGUAAAAAUUACUUUCCUGCCACUUGGUUCUGUUCCCGAUCUUUCACGCAAAUCGAAGUAUAAAGGCCUUUUCGACGUUAUUUUCCUAUCCAACAGCAUGGUGCAUCUACUAACCGAAGAUAUCAAGCCAAUUUUUUCUAAGAAUCCAAGCCUCAUCAUUGAGACUACAAACUUCAUGCUUGACUUGAGACACGAACACCGUGUUGAAUAUAACAAGAAAGUCAAGGCCAUGGCUGAAUCGCUUGGUUUCAAGAUGAUAGGCGAAUGUGAUGCAGAAAAGGACUCAUAUGCAUUCUUCAAUCAACCAUCGAACUAAAGAUCACUCGCAAAAUACAAAGAAGUUCUGUGAAAUGCCAGUGGAAGGAUUUUUGACAGAGUGACCGUAUGUGUUUAUUUAGCAUGCCUGCAAUGUCCUAGGAGUGUAUUGCAGAACACGCCUUAAUAAAAGAGCAGUGCGCCGAGUAAAGGUGCAGUGAGCGUCAAGUGAGACCCUGCCAGUCCUCCUCCUAAUCGUCACCUUUGCGUCAGGACAAAUGUGCACUUUGAACAAAUAAUUGUACCUAUACUCUUUUUCGGUAACCUUAGCAUGUGUCCUAGGGUCCUCCAUCCAACAAAACUAACCUUUUUACUUUAUAUACUUAAAAUCUAGAAUGUGUCACUG